AUGGACAAGAAGUUAAACAUAAAGCUGAACGCGAAUCGCACGGUGGUGGGGGUGCUGCGGGGCUUCGACCAGUUUAUGAACCUCGUGCUCGACAACACUGUUGAGAUGAGCGACCAGGGCAGCGAUGUGAUCGACGCGCUUCCAGCGGCGCUCUGGCACCGCAUCUUCCACCUGCUGCUGCACCGCCCCUGCAGCGCCACCCCUCCGCACUCCGCGGGAGGUCGCUACUACUGCCGCGCGCUAAGCGUCGCGCAGCGCGCAGAGGCGAAUGCCUCCAAGGCGAAUGCCACUGCCAGCGAUGCUGAUGCUGGUGAUGGUGGCGCUGGUGAUGGCGCUGGUGAUGGUGGCGCCGGUGCUGGCGCUGGUGAUGGUGGCGCUGGUGGUGGUGGUGGUGCUGGCAUCAACGACCCACGGAGCGCUGGUGCUGGUGCUUGUGCCAGCAGCAACGGCAAGAGCAAGAGUAACGGCAAGGGCAACGACGAGGGCACGGGCAGUGCAGGGGAGAGCGACGAGGAGGAGGAGGAGAAGGCAAGGGAGAAAGUGGUGUUCAUGAACGCCGGGGUGUCGCCGUGCUGGCUGCAUGCACACAAUGCUCGCACGUUUGGCUCCUCGUGGCCCCUGAUGUGCUGCGCGCUCGCCAGCAAAAGGCUGCUCCUCCUCGUCGCCUCCUUCUCUGUGAGAACCAUGCUCGCUCCCCACUUCCUCUCCCCGUCAGUGCCGCCCCUCCAGACCCUCUCCUCGGCACUGUUUCUCCUGUCCACACCCUCUCCUCCUCAAUGUCGCGACUAUCUCCGUGACUGA